AUGAUAGAUGAAUUAGGAUUAGCAGGUUCAAAACCUGCUUAUACACCACUGGAGCAGAAUCACAACUUGACUAGCAUGGAAUAUGAUAAGCACUGUAAUGAAGUGGAAGAUUUGGCAUUGAGUGGUGUAAAAAGUUAUCAGAGAUUGAUUGGGAAACUCUUAUAUUUGACCCUAACUAGACCAAACAUAGCUUAUAGUGUGCAAACACUAAUGCAGUUCAUGCAACAUCCCAAAAAUUCUCAUUUGGAAGCUGCGUAUAGAGUGGUGAGAUAUAUUAAAAAUGAGCCUGGACUUGGCAUUCUGUUAAGCUCAAGAGAAAGCAUAUCAUUGAAAGCAUAUUGUGAUGCUAAUUGGGCUAGCUUCCCCAAUUUAAGAAAGUCAAUUACAGGAUAUCUUGUGAAGUUUGGAGGAUUGUUCAAGUUCCUGGGAGUUGAGAUUCCUACUUCUAUUGAGCUACUUACAGACAGUAAAGCAGCUAUGUAG